CCUGUAAGGUUUUUAAAACAGUUAUUCCUAUGGAGAAUUGAGUACGUGCGUGGAAAAAAAAAGCACGACCAACGGGAUGCCAGAAAGACAUCAAGCUCGAUCUAUUUCAAGAACUUUACUUUUACCUCGCCAGAAUCUCGGGACCUUACGUUUAAGACACAUUUUGGCAGAAGACGGGUGCAAAGAAAGCCAAGUUGCUUUAGCUAAAAGUUUAUUGACUAAUCCUGCUAGUACUUCGGAAGAACGUGAAUUCAAUUCACAAUUAGCCGUUCAUUGGCUUCUUCAAGCUGCUAAAGAAGGGCAAGAAGAGGCAGUUUCUAUACUAAGAGAGUGUGCCAAUGCUGGAAUAGGUACCAAUGCCGUCAAUUAUUUAGAAAUAGAAAAGUGUCUUAAGUAUACCGAAGAAGAAAAAAUUUCACGGCGUGUUGCGUCUUCUAUUUUUCGUGCAAUUAUGAGCGAUACAGAGGAUGUUAUUUCUGAAGAAAUAUUUCGGGAACAAACUGAGAAAAUACUUCAGGAAGAGAAUGAGUUUUCCAUAGCGAAGACUGAUAACGAUGAUUUAAUGCAGCAUAAAGAGCCGUGCUUGAAAAAAUCCGAGGAGCCAUUUCUUCGUACGCAAACUCAUGUGUCAUUCAGUGAAGUUGUGAAUUCUGUGCAGUCUUGCUUGGAAGGUAACGUGCCUCUUGUAUCGUUAAAACAAGUAACACAAUACAAUCAUUACAAAACGUUAUUUCUAACGAAAUAUGCUGUUCUUUUCUGGCAUAUCAUACUAAAUUCAUUACAAGAUUUAAUUGAAAAAUUCGCAUCUUUCACAGUUUUGUGCACAAUUUUUUCUUUAUGUUUCCUACUUGAAAUCACAUGUCAUAUUUCAAGCCCAGGUAGCCAGUUUUAUCUUUUCAUUAUAAAAUGUCGAAUGUUUUUUGCCACUCUUCUCUGCCUAUCAACUAUGAUCUCGACUACAUGCUUUGUGAUCUGUAUUAGCUUUGGUGCUGACAGCAUGAAAAAAUGGUUACACUUAAUUAAAUUUUUUGAACCUAGCGUUAGGUCGGAUGCUAUUGAAAUUAAAUAUUUAAUGAAAACAGCCCCCCCUUUGAUGACAUUUUUUAUUGUAUCUUUGAUGUACAUUUCAAUAUUACCCAUGAAUACUUUACCAUCAGGUUUUAAUGAUUUAGCAGUUUUAAGUUUACUUUUUGUGGUAUUUGUUGAUCGAACAAUUACUCAUCAAAGGUAUUAUGUUAAUGUAUCUCUUAUUUUAAAUAUUUUGACUUGUCUUUAUAAAUCAAAUGUCUUGCAAAAGUUAUCAAUUGCAACUCUUUCUUACUUUGAUUUCGAUAUAGUUUAUGAAAUAACAAGUAAACUUGAAGUACAUCUUAAUUUAAUCUCUUGUUUAACAUUGCCUUUUGUGUUGCCAUAUUUGUAUACUAAAAUGGCAUUGGGUAAUGAAUGGAAAGGUUGGCACCUAGUAUUACUUCCUCAUUUAAUGUGUGUCACUUGGUUGAAUUUGGCAUUUAUCCAUCUCGCUGAAGUCUCUGAAACAACCAUAAUAUUUAGUGUCAUUUUUUGGCUUGUUAUCCUCGUGUUGUCAAAGUACCUUGGCAUUUUUUUUGCACUGUGUUUAUAUAUUUUCACAAAAUUACUGAUGCUAAAUGCAGUGAAUGUUGAAAUUUUCCUGGUUCUGCCUGCAUUAUUUAUUUUAUAUCUUCUCAGUGCCAUUGUAGUAAAAAGAUUCAAAGUGUCACACAAUAGUAAACUCUGUACUUUGUUGAUGUGUGUAUUUGUGGUACUGUUAUCGUACCAAGCAGCUAAACCUCAUGAAUUGUCUUCCGAUGUUAAUUCGGACCCUGUUUUAUCGUGGAACAAAUAUGAAACUCAUUGCCAUCAUCAUGCUUGGUACAAGACAAACACUGCUGAAGUUCAAAUUUCGUGUCUUCCUUUAAAAGGGAGGAAGAUUUCAGUUGAAGGCACAGUUACAGCUAUAGAUGUUGUUAAUGUACGAAACUCCUUGAAAACUUUUAUAGAUGUGUUGCCAAAUCCUUUCAAUACCUGGUUUACAUGUGCCUUGGGUCAAACGUAUACUUCUUGUGAUUUUGAAAACGCUGAUGCUCUCGAAAAAGAACGUUGUAAGUUGUAUGAAACUUUAAAUUUAAAUGAAUGUCAUCUUCAAAAUUGGGAUGUCUAUACAUAUCGAAUAACCUUGGAGGUUUCGGCUCGAACAUCCCCUGAAAUUGUUGUUAUGACAAGUCAUGUUUGUUCAGAGUUUGUAAGAAAUCUUAAGGAAGGAGAUUCACUACAAAUUGUUGGAGUUUUGGAAUCAAACAUUGGUGGCACAGUGCCAAUAUUUACUCUUGAAAAAGCACAUUGUAGUAGUUGUUACUCUGUGGUUGAUUGUGAUACAUCAUUCAUACUUCCGCAACCUAGCUACUCUGCUUCCUUUAAAAACAUAAUUUGGUUUUACUUCUCACCAUUUGUCCAAUAUGUGUCAACUAUUGAUCUUUAAAAACUUGGUUUUUCAUUUUCAUUAAUGCAUACAUCUUGAAUUUUAAAAAAGAAGGAAUUGUGAAACUUUUGGUGACUAGAAAUUUACUUAGAGCCUUUUUUAAGGUAGAAAUGGUUCAAAAAAAUUAUAUCAUCAGUUAUAUUUUUCAAAUAUUUUCUGUGAAAACAGUUGGCCAAAAUGGGGUCAUGGAUAAAGCACUGACUCUGACUUUUCUCUUUGUCUUUUUUUUUUCUAAAAUGUUUUUUUAACUGUACUCCAAGUUUGUUUUUAAAUCGUGUAUUAUAUAGCAUAUUAUUUGUUUUCAAACUGACAUAAAACAGUAAUCAAAACUAAUUUUAGUGAUAAUGUAAAAUUUAAAAUUUUACUUAGAAGUGAAUGGUUCAUGUGCAAUGCACCCUGUGCAAAUUUCUUAGUCCUAAUAACCUCUCUUCAGUGCCAACAGUGUUGUUACUUUUUGAAUGAAACACAUGUUGAGAGUUAUUUUGCUGACAAAUUAAUGUGAAUGGAAAACUGAACUCAGUUCACCAAAAUUUUAUAUUUUAUCGAACAAUUGCUAAAUCUUCAUAUUAUAUAGUUCAAAUUAUCUAAGUAAUUUUUAACAAUGUGUUUUUCAAAAAUAUUUUAUUGCUAAGUGAAAAAUUUACCACAUUUUUUAAUACUAUUAUCCACAUUUGCCAUAAAAGUGUAUCAGGAUUGUCCAAACGAUGUUUUUGAGUGUUUAAUACGGACAGGAACUUUAGUAUAUGUAUAUCAAUACAUGCUGCUUCAAUCAGAAACCAGUUAUUCAGAAUAAGCCUGUAACAAUUAUUCUGGAUAACUGGUUCCAUACUGUAUGUGCUAUACACAUACAGUAAUUUAAUGAUUUUCAUUUUUCUGCUCUAGAAAAUUAUAGUUCAUGAAGUUUUCCUCAAAAAACAAUUUUUUCUCUCAGUAGUGGAAGGAAUGGGGGUUAUAAACUCAUGUAUGUAAGAGUAUAAAAGAUAUAUCAGAUGGUUUUAUGAACUUAUUGUUCUAUACAAUUAUGUGUUAAUUUACAAUUAGAUGACAUCACAUUUGUGGUUUUAUCUAAUGGGUCAAAGUUACUUGGAACAUUUUUUCAUAGUAUUUUGCUUAAGAGAUAAAUGUUAGCAAGGUUUUUGAAGAACAAAAGUUUUUCUUCAAAAAUCCAGCUAAGUAGCUUUGAUAAGUCUUUACGAAUUUAAAUAAUGAAGUCAAUUAAGGACUCAAUAACUAAGGACAUUUCAAAAAUUUAUUAUUACUAUCAUUUAUUCAAAUUACUUGAAAGCAUGUUGAUUAAUUUUUUUCUAAAUGAAGGGACAUCUAUCAUUUAUAGGCACCUAUGAACAAAGAAUAUAUAUAUAUGUAUAUAUAUAUAUCAGGGGUGAAAUCCAAAAAUUUCCAGUACUAGAACACAAAUAAAAAAUAAUUAAAUCUAGAGUAGUGAAAAAUUUAACGUGAAAGGGGAUUCCCCGUACCCCCUGCACAAAACAGCAUCAUGAUGCGUUCUGUCACCAAUUCACCCCGAUAUGUAUAUAUAUAUAUGUAUAUAAUUGUUAGGAAAAUAUUUUAACAGUAGUGGUUUUUCUCAUUUUUAUUUGAAAUGCUCAAUUUUAUAGGUCAUUAAUGAUGAAUUUUUUAUUAGCUUUGUUCUUCAUAAUGUUUUUCAUGUCUUCAUUUUAACUUUUGUAAUAAUGUAGAUAUUUUAAUGUUCAUUAUUUCAUUUUGUGCUUUGUAAGUUUGUGAUUUUAAAUGCAUGUGCAUACAUUUGAGUUUUUUAGAAUUUAAAUUAAUCUUAAGUCUUCAUAUGUUUUAAUGCUUUAUAUUUAUUGCUUUUGGAGCAUUGUUUGUUUUAGUGCAAUUUUUAUGCCAUAUAGAUUUGUAUAUAUUUUGAUAUAGCUUUUGUUACCUUUUAGAUAUAUUCUAUUUUGAAAGCAAAUUUUUAAGAAAGAGUUAGAAUAGAAAUGUUUAUGUAUUGUUAAAGAAUAGAAAAGAACAAAUCAUUACAAAGUAAUUAGAUGUUUAUGAUAUUGUAUCAUUCAUGAAUUUUCCUAUGAGACUAAUUUUCAUAAAAUUCAAGAAUGAAAAAAUAAAUAAAUAAAUUAAAUAAUAAUAAC